AUGGCCCCUGUCAAACGUGCUCUUCUCAUCGCCGUCCCAUCGUUUGGGCUGACUGGCCCACUAAACGACGUCCAGCUGAUGAGCGACAUUCUCGCCAAGCAGGGAUUUGAGAUCACUACUUGCUACGACCAGGAGGCCUCCCGGAACGGAAUACUGGACUCCUGGAGGUUGAUAAUCAGUAAAUGUCAGCCUGACGACACUCUUGUCAUUUACUACUCCGGCCACGGCGGUAUUGUUGAAGAUUCAUCCAAGCGGGAGCCGGGCAAUGAAGCGGGGGUUGAGCGCGUAAAGCACACUCCCUGGCGGUAUCAAUUUCUGGUUCCCAUCGACUUCCGCCCUGACGAAGAUACCCAUGUCGGUGAUGAGGUGGAAGCCGUGAUUGAGAGCGAGAAGGAAUUUACUGGUAUCUUGGAUGUAGAAGUCAAGCAACUGCGCGCCGAGGCCUCCAGACGGACUCGCAAUGUUACUAUCAUUCUCGACUGCUGCCAUUCCGGCGCCAUGUCUCGACAUCCCAUCUGCGAUGCAGUUCCCCGCAGCUUGCCCAAAGUUCAGCACGCUGCCCUUUCAAGUCGUUACAACCGCCUUCGUGCUAAUGCUCAAAUUGCCGAGACUGGAGGCGGCGAGGACGCAGUGACGAUCGUCGCUGCUGCCGCCGCCGAAACAGCCUGGGAGUACCGUAAUCAUUCCGGCCAGCGGGUUGGGUCAAUGACGCAGGCAUUUGUCGAUGCACUGAACAUCGCAUGGAAGAAUUACGAGAAAACCGGUGAAUCAAUUUCCUGGCGGACGAUGAUGGUCCGCGUAAGUGAAAUGGUGAAUGCCCAGUUUCCUCAGCAGCACCCACACGUCGAGGGACCCGACAAAAGACUUCUUUUUUCCUUGGAGGAGUCAAUGCUCAAUGCGCUUUUGCUACGUGUUGAUGAAAAUAGCGGAUUGAAUAUUCUUCAGGCCGGGAGACUAUCGGGCGUAAGAGAAGGUAAUGUGUACGGCCUCUGGCCACUCGAGGCCGAGCAGCGACUUGAAUCUACGCGUCUUGGUACGGCCACGGUGAAGAACAUCACAGGCUCCAAGGCUUCGGCAGAACUAGAUCUCCUUCGUGGAAAGACACUAGGUGCCAAGGAUACAGCUCUCGCCGUUCUUGAGAAGGAAACAUUGCCAAUGUGGCCAAUCGCUUAUCCAGAUGGUCUUGAGAUUCUUAGCCAUCUCGUCAACACAUCUACAAAUCUCUGCACUGCAUCGAGUCAUCAAGACAGUUUAUUGGCCAAGAUUAGCCAAGAAGGAGAGCAACUGGUCCUGAAAGAUAACUGUCUAGCUUCAGCGAGCCGAUAUCUCUUCUCACGGGCUGAGACACUUGCCAAAUCCCAGCACCUUCGGACUCUAAUAUGUGACAAUCCAGAUGAGCAAUUUGACCAUCAAUUGGAUGUCAUUAUUGGGACCGUCAAAGACGGCAAGAAAGACAGAUUAAUUGAGCAGGAUGGUAGUGGAUACGUCGUAGAAAACGACCGAUUGUACGUGUCCUUGAAGAAUAGGGGCACUGAGCAACUGUAUGCAUCUGUUUUCAACAUCAAUGCGUGGGGCAAGAUCUCGCUCAUCUCAAAUCAGCGUCCCAGAGGUAUCGACCUUCCUGCCAAUCGAAGCUCGGACAUUGGUUCUGGAGAUUUUGGGACUUUGGAAGGUCUUCCCAUUUCUUGGCCAAAUGGGAUACCCAAAACAAGACCCGUCAACGAGUGUCUUGUCAUAAUUGUGACGGAUUCUCCUUUGAACCUUACGUGCUUGGCCGAUUCUUCCCUCGCUGAUGCUCGAGGUUCCGGCCCUGGUUCAUCUACUCUCGAACAGGUUGCGUUUUCUCUUGCGACAGGUUUUCUGCGGGACGUCGGGUCUCAGAGCCGUAGCGCAAAGCUGAACUGGGAUCUGAUACAGAUCAAUUUUGCGCUCAGGCCGUUGGAUUGGAAGAGAGGGGAAGGGUAUGAAGUCCGGCUCGAAGAUAUACCCGAGCCUGAUGAUUUUGCUUUCAAAGACAUUCCGUUGUAUCCUCCAUUUUCUGAGCAACCAGACGCCAAAUCUGUGGGCGGAAUCAUUCGUAAAAUCAAGGGGAUUGAACCUUUCAUCUGGGUCGUUAACAAACACGAUGAGGAGAUUCUUGUCGUUGUAUCGAAGCAUCGUCCCCGAAGACUUCUCACAGAGGUUGGGGUGGAAGCCUCGGCGACUAGCGCAGGCCUCAAUUUCAGUACUACGACAUUCAAUGAACCCAUUGGGAAGAAAACUCUUGCAGCUUGGAAAGAGCAAGGACCCAAUAGCGGCAGCGUAGGUCGCUUCCCGCUGUGGUCACUCAAAGAAGGUUUUGCCGUUGUUUCAAUCUUCAGAGGGCCAAAGAUGGAAUUGUAUAUCGAAAAUGAUCAAGUGCCUAUUGGAUGUACUGUAUACUUCUCUAAUAUGCCCAAUAUGGAGACUUUCGAUCACAAAGGGAAACCUAUACUGAGCGGUCCCGAGGUCUGA